AUGAAGGCUGCUCUAGUGUUUCUUGUGCUUGUGUUCACCACGUUCGAGGUCACUUUGUCUUCUUCAAGUAGGGAUCUCUUGUCCGUCGGUGGAGUUCAUGAACAGCAGGAUUCACCAGCCGCUCUAUCUUUCGGGGAUGAUGGUGACGAUUUUCACCAAGGCAUGGACAGGAAGAGGAGCCACAAUGGCAACAACAUCAACAUCAACAUCAAUUUCAAGUGUAAGGAUGAUCAUGUAGAUUCAAAGGACGAUAACAAGGCUAAGGAUGACACAAGAGAGAAGAAACACAAGGAAGUCAAGGAUGACAAGAGGGAGGAGAAGAAAAAAGAGGAUAUGGAUGACAAGAGCAAGGAGAAGGACGAGAAAGACAAGGAUAUGGAUGGCAAGGACAAGAGCAAGGACAAAGACGACGAGGAGAGAGUGUUUCCCUAG